GAGCGGCGCCGCUCCCCGAGCCCGCCGGGACGAGCGGGCGGAGCCGGCCCGGGAGGCGCCGGGAGCCGGGGCGGGAGCGGGGGAAAGCAGCGGCGGUCGGUCAGGCGAACGGCGAGGCGCGGCGCCGGGCAGGCCCCCGCGGGGUCCUUCGGCGACGGGAGCGGAGGGAGCGGGAGCGGCGGCGCGAUGAACCUGGAGCUGCUCGAGUCCUUCGGCCAGAACUACCCCGAGGAGGCCGAUGGCACUCUGGACUGCAUCAGCAUGGCGCUGACGUGCACCUUCAACCGCUGGGGCACGCUGCUGGCCGUGGGCUGCAACGACGGCCGCAUCGUCAUCUGGGACUUCCUGACGCGCGGCAUCGCCAAGAUCAUCAGCGCCCACAUCCACCCGGUGUGCUCCCUCUGCUGGAGCCGGGACGGGCACAAGCUGGUCAGCGCCUCCACGGAUAACAUCGUGUCCCAGUGGGACGUGCUGUCCGGGGACUGCGACCAGAGGUUCCGCUUCCCCUCGCCCAUCCUCAAGGUCCAGUACCACCCCCGGGACCAGAACAGGGUGCUGGUGUGUCCCAUGAAGUCUGCCCCGGUGAUGCUCACCCUGUCUGACUCCAAGCACGUGGUGCUGCCCGUGGACGACGACUCCGACCUCAACGUGGUGGCCUCGUUUGACCGCCGGGGGGAAUACAUCUACACUGGGAAUGCCAAGGGCAAGAUCUUGGUCUUAAAAACAGACACUCAGGAUCUUGUUGCUUCCUUCAGAGUGACCACAGGGACCAGCAACACCACGGCCAUUAAAUCCAUCGAGUUCGCCCGCAAAGGGAGCUGCUUCCUGAUCAACACGGCCGACCGGAUCAUCCGCGUGUACGACGGGCGGGAGAUCCUGACCUGCGGCCGCGACGGCGAGCCCGAGCCCAUGCAGAAACUGCAGGACCUGGUCAACAGGACCCCCUGGAAGAAGUGCUGCUUCUCGGGGGACGGCGAGUACAUCGUGGCGGGCUCGGCGCGGCAGCACGCGCUCUACAUCUGGGAGAAGAGCAUCGGCAACCUGGUGAAGAUCCUGCACGGCACCCGCGGCGAGCUGCUCCUGGACGUGGCAUGGCACCCGGUGCGGCCCAUCAUCGCCUCCAUCUCCAGCGGGGUGGUGUCCAUAUGGGCCCAGAACCAAGUGGAAAACUGGAGCGCUUUUGCCCCUGAUUUCAAGGAGCUGGAUGAAAAUGUGGAAUAUGAGGAGAGGGAAUCAGAAUUUGACAUCGAGGAUGAGGAUAAGAGCGAGCCAGAGCAGACAGGGGCAGAUGCUGCAGAGGAUGAGGAGGUGGACGUGACCAGCGUGGAUCCCAUCGCCGCCUUCUGCAGCAGCGACGAGGAGCUGGAGGACGCGCGGGCGCUGCUGUACCUGCCCAUCGCCCCCGAGGUGGAGGACCCCGAGGAGAACCCCUACGGGCCGCCCCCCGACGCCGUGCCCGGCGCGCUGCCCGACGACGGCCUGGGCCCCGACAGGAAACGGCCCGGCGCCCCGGACGGGCCCCAGAACCCCAAGAAAAAACCCAAAACCACCAACAUCGAGCUCCAGGGAGUCCCCAAUGACGAGGUGCACCCGCUGCUGGGCGUGAAGGGCGACGGUAAAUCCAAGAAGAAGCAGGCGGGCAGGCCCAAAGGAUCAAAAGGUAAAGACAAAGAUUCUCCAUUUAAACCGAAACUCUACAAAGGGGACAGAGGUGCUUUGCCUCUGGAAGGAGCGGCCAAGGGUAAAGUGCAGGCGGAGCUGGGCCAGCCCCUCGCAGGUAAGGACAGUGCCACCCCCCCGGUGGCCUUGCUUUGUCACCCCCUCCUUAGAGGUCUCUAGCAUCCCAAAAUCCCAAACUCCUCCCUCCCCGCUCGGCUGCUGGCAAGGAGAGGCAAAAUUGGAAUUGUUGGAGUGGGAAGUUGGAAUGAAAUUGAGUUUUGUGUGUGGGAAAAUGGUGGGGGGGUGAUUUUUGUGUGCUGCGCGUGGAGGGGUUUGUGGUCCUAAAUUGAAAUGAUUUUAAUUUAUUUAAUGAUUUCCCUCGGCUCUGCAGCAAUCAGGAAAUAUUUGGGUUGAUUUUGGGGGAAAAUGAAGGAUUCUGCAGUUUUGUGGUGCUGAGGUGGUCCUAAAUUCAAAUUAUUUUAAUUUAUUUAAUUAUUUCCCUCGGCUCUGCAGCAAUCAGGAAAUAUUUGGGUUGAUUUUGGGGGAAAGUGAAGGAUUCUGCAGUUUUGUGGAUCCUCAGAGUCAGUCCUAAAUCGAAAUUAUUUUAAUUUAUUUAAUUAUUUCCCUCGGCUCGGCGGAAAUCAGGAAAUAUUUUGGUUGAUUUUGGGGGAAAAUGAAGGAUUCUGCAGUUUUGUGGUGCUGAGGUGGUCCUAAAUUCAAAUUAUUUUAAUUUAUUUAAUUAUUUCCCUCAGCUCUGCAGAAAUCAGGAAAUAUUUUGGUUGAUUUUGGGGGAAAGUGAAGGAUUCUGCAGUUUUGUAGAUCCUCAGAGCUGGUCCUAAAUUGAAAUUAUUUUAAUUUAUUUAAUUAUUUCCCUCGGCUCUGCAGAAAUCAGGAAAUAUUUUGGUUGAUUUUGGGGGAAAAUGAAGGAUUCUGCAGUUUUGUGGUGCUGAGGUGGUCCUAAAUUGAAAUUAUUUUAAUUGGUUUAAUUAUUUCCCUCAGCUCUGCAGAAAUCAGAAAAUAUUUCGGCUGAUUUGGGGAGAAAACUGAAGGAUUCUGCAGUUUUGUGGUGCUGAGGUGGUCCUAAAUUGAAAUUAUUUAAAUUUAUUUAAUUAUUUCCCUCAGCUCUGCAGAAAUCAGGAAAUAUUUGGGUUGAUUUUGGGGGAAAGUGAAGGAUUCUGCAGUUUUGUAGAUCCUCUGAGACGGUCCUAAAUUCAAAUUAUUUUAAUUUAUUUAAUUAUUUCCCCCGGCUCUGCAGCAAUCAGGAAAUAUUUGGGUUGAUUUUGGGGGAAUAAUGAAGGAUUCUGCAGUUUUGUGGUGCUGAGGUGGUCCUAAAUUGAAAUUAUUUUAAUUGGUUUGAUUAUUUCCCUCAGCUCCUGCAGAAAUCAGGAAAUAUUUUGGUUGAUUUUGGGGGAAAGUGAAGGAUUCUGCAGUUUUGUGGAUCCUCAGAGCUGGUCCUAAAUUGAAAUUAUUUUAAUUUAUUUAAAUUCCAAACCCUAAUUUCUUUAAUUCCUUCCCUCAGCUCUUGCAGAAGUCAGGAAAUAUUUGGGUUGAUUUUGGGGGAAAAUGAAGGAUUCUGCAGUUUUGGUUGUUGAGCUGAUCCUAAAUUAAAAUUAAUUUAAUUCUUUGAAUUCCUUCCCUCAGCUCCUGCAGAAAUUAUAAAAUAUCCAGGUUUGGAGUUGAUUUUUGAGAGAAAAUGGGAAUAAUGAAGGAUUCCCCAAUUUUGUGGAUGCUCAGAGCUGUUCCUAAAUUCAAAUUCAUUUAAUUCCUUCAAUUCCUUCCCUCAGCUCCUGCAGAAAUUAUAAAAUACCUGGAUUUUGCUUGAUUUUUUUUGGGAAAAAGGAGCAUAAAAAAUGAUUUAUUGAGAAAAAACCCCUGGCAGAAAAUCCAGGAGCUGCAUUUCCUAUUCCCAGCUGUGCUGCAGCCCUUGAAUCCCAGUUUAAUUCCAGUUUAAUUCCAGUUUAAACUCCAGUUUAAUUCCAGUUUAAUUCCAGUUUAAACUCCAGUUUAAUCCCAGUUUAAUUCCAGUUUAAUCCUAGUUUAAACUCCAGUUUAAUUCCAGUUUAAUCCCAGUUUAAUUCCAGUUUAAUCCCAGUUUAAACUCCAGUGGCUGCACAGCAGGAGAAAUUUGGGAUUUUCCUCCUUCACAGCUGCUGUAAAUAGAGAAAAAUUCAGAUUUUUUCCCUUUUUUUGCCAUAUUUUGCUGCUGCCAGAGCAGGACACCUCUGCUGAGACCCAACCUGAGCCUCAAACAUUUCCCAUUCUCCAAUUUCCUCCUUUUUUUUUGGGGAAAUUUCCUUUUUUUUUAGGAAAAGCUCCUCCAGGCCCAGCACCGAGAGCACAAUUUUGGCUGCAAUGCUGAUUUUUAAAAUAGAUUUUAAUCCAGAACUGAACUUUGGGACACAACCCAGCUCCAAAGAUGGAUUUGAUGGAUCAAAUUCUGCAUUUCCUUGGUUCCAGCAGCUGCUGCUGUGGAUUUGGGAAUUUAGGAAUUAUUUGAAUUCCUUUAAUUUCCAGGAGUGAUUUAUUCCCUUUUUGCCUCCCCUUCCUGCUCAGCUCCUUGGUGUUGCUUGUCCUGAUCCUUGUUUUUUUCCAGGAAUGGGAAUUUUUGAUGGGAAAACCUUGGGAAUGUUCUCUGGGAAUGUUUCCACCUGGAAAAAAAAUCCAGGCUUGGAGCAGCCAGGAGCAUCCUGGGGUUGGGUUUGGGUGGGAUUUGCCUCUGGGGAGGGGAAUUGUGGGGGAUUUUCCAGGAUUUUGGGGGAUUUUCCAGGAUUCUGGGGGAUUUUCCAGGAUUUCGGGGGAUUUUCCAGGAUUUUGGGGGAUUUUCCAGGAUUUUGGGGGAUUUUCCAAGAUUUUGGGGGAUUUUCCAGGAUUUUGGGGGAUUUUCCAAGAUUUUGGGGGAUUUUCCAGGAUUUUGGGGGAUUUUCCAGGAUUUUGGGGGAUUUUCCAGGAUUUUGGGGUGUUUUCAAGGAUGGCGCCUGGAUCCUCACAGGGCUGGCUUGGAGAUGAUUAAUCUCAUGUUAAUUAUUGCUUUCGUCGCUGCUAAUUAAUGUAAUUAACAACAGAAAUGGGAAAGGAUCGUGGCCUGGAAGGUGAAAAUUGGGAUUUCCAAGGAGAAUUCCAAUCCUUGGCUUCCUAACAGGGCAGGAUCUUUGGAAUUUCCAAGGAUCUCAGAAAAACACUUCAAUUUUUAAUCAGCAUUUAAUUUUUAAUUCCCAUUUAAUUUUUAAUUGCCCUUUCCUUACUGGGGGGUGCUGACUGUAACUUUGUACUCAGCUGCUGUCCCUAAUUCCUGGUUUUCUUUGGAGUCAGUCCCUCACUGGGAAAUCCAUUCCCAAUCCUUCUGGAAUGUUCCAGAUCCAGCAGCAGAGCAGCCAAACUCCUCUCCUGCUUUUUCUGCUUUUCCUCUCCUUUUCCAGCCCUGUUUGCAAGGAUUUUGGUGCAGAUUUGUUGUUGCUGCAGGAAAUUCUGGGAUUUUAUUUCCCUGCAGGAAAUUCUGGGAUUUUAUUUCCCUGCAGGAAAUUCUGAAAUUUCUUUCCCUGCAGGAAAUUUUGGGAUUUUAUUUCCCUGCAGGAAAUUCUGGGAUUUAUUUCCCUGCAAGAAACUCUGGGAUUUUAUUUCCCUGCAGGAAAUUCUGGGAUUUCUUUCCCUGCAGGAAAUUCUGGGAUUUAUUUCCCUGCUUUUAGGCUGGGAUGAGAUUCCUGAGCCAAUUCCUGGGAAUUUGUUUUCCUCAAAAACUGGUUUAGACCUGAAUCCCACUGGAUUUUCCCAUCAGCUGGAGCUCCCUAAAAUCUGCUUUUAGACUUUGCUGCCUGUGGCAGCUUGGGAUGAAGGGAAAUAGGGAAAAAUUCCUGCCUGGAAUGGUGAGGAGCUCCCAGAGGAAUCCCUGGAAAUGUCCAAGGAUUGGGGAUUUUGGAGCACCCUGGGGUGGUGCCCAUGGAAUGGGAUUUCAGGUCCUUUCCCACCCAAACCCUGACAUUCCAUGAAAAUCCACAUUUUCCUGGAAUUCCUGAGCUGGGAGGAUCCAGCAGAUUCCCAGGGCUGGAAUCUCCACCCUGGGAGAGGAAAGAAUCCAUCCCUUGGCUCUUCCCCAAAAUUCCAUGGAAUUCCCUCUUCCCUUUGUUCUCUUUGUACCCAAAAUUCCCAACAUUUUGGGCUGCCAGCUUUCCCUCAGGGUUCCAGCACAUCCCAAACUCCCCUGGAAUUCCCAUGGAAUUGGAUCCAGGCUCCUUUUCCCACCCUGGGAGUGGGAAUUCCCUGAAUUCUGCUUCCUACAGGAGCCACCCUGAGGCUGAAGCAGCUGCUCAGGGAGAGUUUUCCUGGGAAAUCUUUGGGAUUUCCACGUGGGAGCUGCAUGGCUGGGACUGGGAUUUAUUCUCUUCAUUCAUUCAUUCUCUCCAUUAAUUUUCUGCUGGCAGAAAAGGUUAAAAUCAGAUUUUUUGGUGUGUGUUAAGCUCAGAUUUCAGCCUAAAAACAACAGCAAUUCCAUCAUUUUACAGUUUAGAAUAAAA